ACUCAAGGUAAAACAAACUGUGUCGAUGUGAAGUCGAAUUUAAUUCAAGUUUUCUGUCCUUUCAACUGUUUUGAGAGCGCCUUCAGAGGGAAUGCUACGUCGGUUCUACCGCAUCACGUCCUCGCCUCGGUUCGCGCACCUUGACCUUCUCCGCCAGGUUUGUGAUUCUCAAUUCUUUCAACACUCUUCAUACCCAGCUCACUGAGUUGCGCAACUGGCUGUUCGGAACCCAUAUUUCUGUCGAACAAUUGCCAGUAUGCCGCUCGCACGCUCUACAGAUCCCUUGGUGUGGAUCGACUGCGAGAUGACUGGCCUUAACUCUGACACCGACAGCAUCCUCCAAAUUUGCUGCUUCAUCACAGACCAUCAACUUCGCAUCCUCGAACCCAUUGGUUUCGAAGCUGUUAUCCACCACCCCAAGUCCAUCCUCGACAACAUGUCUCAAUGGUGCGUCGACACCCAUGGCCGCACCGGCCUGACCGCUGCCGUACUUGCAUCAACGACAACCGCCGAUGUGGCCGCCGCCGACCUCCUCGCAUACAUACAGAAAUUUGUCCCCGAGCCACGAACGGCGGUGCUGGCGGGCAACAGCGUUCAUGCAGAUAAGGCGUUUCUGACACAAGGCCCGUAUGCGUCCGUGCUAGAAUGGUUGCACUAUCGGAUUCUGGACGUGAGUGCGAUCAAGGAGGCUGCUAGGCGGUGGGGAAGCGAGGGGUUGUUGCAGGCGGUGCCUCCUAAGAGGGAGAUGCAUUUGGCCAAGGAUGAUAUACUGGAGAGUAUUGAGGAGAUGAGAUUCUACAGAGAGCGGUUAUUUGGGGUGUGAUUCUGCUGCUUCUAUGCCUGCCGAGCAGUACCCUUUCGCAGGAUGUUGAGCAAUCUCCCCAACAGUUUUUGUGUUGCUCUGCUGUCUCAGUUUAUGUGCAAUAUCGGAAACCUUAUCCACCGGGCUAUUUACAGACUAUUUUGGUCCAGCCAGAACUCCCGCCCAAGCUUUUGGCUAUCACGACGGGAACUCAAUACAAUCGCAUUGGGCGUUCUGCAACAGGUACAUGGAAGUGGCAAUACUGAGCCUAUGCGAUCUUGUAUAGGAAUGGCUUCGAUGUGUUGUCAUGGCAGUCGCAUUGAUGAUCGCGGGGCCUCUGGAGCGAAAAUACUACUAGCAUUCGAUGCCGGAUUGCAGCGUCUGCUUGGCUACACAUUCGAUGAUAAUAGGCGGGUGUAAUUUCAUAUGUUUUAUAGCACAGUAACAAGUCGUAUUAAACCGGGUAGCUCAACGACGGCC